CUCAUCUCAAAACUCAUCACUGUCUCGCUCUCUCACUCUCUCACUCUCUCACUCUCUCGUUUCGUUAUUCUGCUGCACCGAUCACUCUCUCUCACUCUCUUGUUGUUCAUCUCAUCGCACCGAUCAUCACACCGCCGAUCUACUCACUGGAGAUCUCUGCCCCGUUGAUGCAAAUGAUGCAGUCACUGGUCACAUAAUUUCCACUACUAUUGGUGGCAAAAAUGGAAAACCCAAACAGUUUUUCCCUUUCAUCUAACAACUAUGAAGUAUGGGUACUUCAAAAAUAGUGCCGUACACGUACCGGGUACUUACCGGGUGUGGGUACGCGUAUUGGUACGGCUGCACGCGUACCGGGUACGGCAAAAAGGAGUCCGGUAUGUUUGGUUCAAUUGGAUACGGCUUGGGUACGGCAUGGGUACGCCUUUGGUACGUUUCAGGUACGUUGGGGCAAAAAUCAAAUUUCCUGGAGAAUUGAGGGGUACCGGAGCAAUAUUAAGAAAAUUUUCAUAAAAAAACAGAAAAGGAAUAUACAUACACAUGAAUGACCCAGGUUUUGCCCAAAUCUCUUCACUUCAGCAACACAGCAGCAAAGAGGCGACCCAUCCAUUCCCUUCGUAGGCCUCCGGCGAUGGCAACGCAAGGAGAGUUCCGAUCAACAAGCAACUGGUUUUGUCCCUUCUUGCAUCUCUUCUUCUUCCCUUCUGUGAGAAACUGGUCAGAAUUUUUGGGUGGCCUUGCAUAUUAGCAAGCAACUGUAUGUAAUUAGGUAGCAGUGUAUCACUAUCUCUAAUGCAAUGGAUCUUAAGUCAUUCAAGCUGGACAUUGAUGAACUCAUAAGUGAGUUCACUGAGUUUGAUAACUUGCAGAACAAUCUGACAACUUUGGCUGAUAUGAAGAGGGUAUGGCUUUCGAGAAAGUUCUCCUUCAUAUUUGAGGCGAGUCCUUCUACAAACUUGGCUAUCUUUAUGCAAUCACUGUAUGCUCACUCAAUUGGUUACAUGGUCUCAACAGCUUCUUUAUCACAUAGACUGGGUGGUCUCUAUUGCCUUUACUGCCUCCAUGAAGUUCAACCAUUCAAACCUCCUUUCAAAAUUUAUUUAUCUCUUGGGGAGCUGAAGAGACUUAGAAACCUUGUCAUUGAUGUGAAAGAAAAGGGCAUAAAAGUAGCAUCUGCUUUGGUCAAAAAGAUGCUGGAAAGGAAUGUGUUCCUUUUUGGGUUUGUGGACAUAAAUGAUGGCUCUGUGACUGAGAGGGUAAAUGAACUCACAGAUAUACAGAAUGCUCGCGUUCAAGUUGCACAUAAGAAGUUAUUUUCAAAUACACGGAUCGAGAAUUUCAUCCACACGGACUUGGGUAUGGAACUUGACGUUCAUGUACUCAAGAAAAUGUCCACUGAUUAUGCAGUGGCCAAGGAACUGGCAAUCAAAGAGGCUAGCGAGCUGGUGGAUGUCCAAAACAUAAAACACAUUGCAGAAAAUAAGAAAUUGAUCGGAGAGAUGGUGGAGAAAACUGCUCAAGACUGGAACACCCAGAAAGAAUCAUUUUAUCAACAAACAGGAUUAAACCAGGCUGCUGGUGAAGGACCCCAACUAUCGAAAGACAAAGAAAACUUUGAACAGCAAGAUGAUGUUAACUUUGAACAGGAAGACAAUGAACAUUUUGGACAAGAGAAAGAUGGUGAAAACAUUGAACAACCAGAAGACGAUGAAAAAUUUGGUGAUGAGCUGGAACAACAGAUGUUGUAUGGUGAGGAACUGUAACUGUUGGCUACACAUUUUGUACUAAGCCAGUGACAAUCUGACGCGUGGCAAAGUGAGGGUAAUAUGGGGAGACCAGGUAGGUCUUCGAUCCUGAUCAUACACGUGGCAAUUAAUAUUGGUUGUUAUAAGAUCUGAGUAGUAGCAGAUCAAAAAAGAGACGUAUAGUGACGUGGCUUCAACGGAUGCUCACAUUUUAAAUUCAAAUAUAAGGGGGAAGCCCAACUGCAAGUGAAGGCGUAGUGGAACUAUUUAUAAGGUAGCAUGAUCAGCAACUACGGAGGAGCAGUUCGACGGUUUGAAGUACAAUUCGAUGGUUAUCUUCGGGGAGUAUAAAUAGCAGGAAGGACUUCAGAGAAGAGGACGGAGAAAAAUCUAAAGAAUCACUUUAUAUAUUCGAGUGUUAUUUCCUGUCCUUUAUAUUCCUGUAUUUUUAGUUUCUGCGCUGCACUUCAUUUGUAGGAGUAGUUGUCAAGUAUAUUGCCGCUGUAAUUCUCUACGGAACUGAGAUCAUUGUAAGUUCUUUUUAUACUAAUGAAAUACUCCAGUUUAGUUAA